CAGUAAAAGUUUGUUUUACAGUAAUGGUAUCAAAUAAUCAAUCAAAGUCAACAUACUUAUCAAAGAGGUGGCGUAUAUCUAAAACAGUAUCUUCUAUAAUGAAAUAUAUAUCUGAAAGUGAGGAAGAAGCUUCUAUUAUUAAUGAUGAAUUAAAUAAUUCGUUAUCAAAUGGUGACAGCAGUUCAGAUAAUAUUAACUUUUUUAACAAUAUUAACCCAGUUUUUUCAUCUAUUUAUAUGCAAGCAAGUGAUUUAGAUAGUAGGUUUUGUAAUGAUUACACAUAUGAUGACCAUCUUCAACAUUUUAAUUACAGCAGCGAUAAUGAAACAGUUGAUAGUGAGCUGAUUCAGUUAAAACUUGUAGAGCAGUUACGUGAGUGGGCUGUUAAGUUUAACAUAACACAUGUAUCAUUAACAUCACUAUUAAAACUAUUGAAUCCAUAUCACCCCUUAUUGCCUCAAGAUUCCAGAACACUACUUAAGACUCCACGCAGUGUUGUAAUUAUAGAACUAGGAAAUGGGACUUACUAUCAUUUAGGACUGCGUAGUGGUAUUGAAAGCUUUCUCUCUAAUCAAAGACUAACUAAUGAAGAAAAUGUGUUAACAUUAUGUUUAAAUGUUGAUGGUAUUUCCUUAUCUAAAAGUACAUUAGAUCAAUUUCGGCCAAAAUUGUGUUAUGUUAUGCAGUCUCAAAAGCCAAAACCAUUUGUUGUUGGUAUAUAUAUGGGUAAAACAAAGCCAGAUUUACUUAAUGAAUAUUUAGACCAAUUUGUUACAGAGGCUAAAGAAUUGUUACAAGGUAUUUUGUUUAACGGAGCUCAUUACAUUAUACAAGUAGGUGCUUUUGUUUAUGUCGCACCUGCAAGAGCUUUCUUAAAAAAUAUUAGGCUUCACAGUGGAUACUCAGCCUGUGAAAAAUGUGUGGUUGAAGGUGAAUGGAGUGGAAGAGUAAUAUACACAGAUGUGAAUUGCCAACUACUUACCAAUGAAGGUUUUGCUGCAAUGGAUGACCAAGAGCACCAUAAGGGUUCAACUCCAUUACUUGAGCUUGGAAUAGGCAUGUUUAAAGUUUAUGAAUUUAUACAAAUUAUGUCUGGUGGUAAAUAUAUAAUUGUAGAGUUUAUUGGAGAUGAAGUGGAGCCUGUUCCUUUAACAUGGUUAUCUGGAGAUAAAAAGUAUUGCUAUUGGCCGCCUUAUCAUAGUACUUCAAAGAUAAAAAAAGCUAUUAUCACUUCUCAAAUACCUAAUACAGACAAUUGGUCUAUGCAUGAAGUGAUUCGUUUAUUUGGAACUGCAGAUACCUAUGGAAAAGCAAUAGAAAUUGCAACAAGGGCUGAGUUAACCUCCUCAACAGAAGUUGAAGAGGUUAAUUAUAAUGACUUAGAUUUUAAAGUACAAAUUCAAACAUCCAAGAUAAAUGCAUUUCAUCGUUUGGAAGAGCUUAACUUUGUCCACGAUGAAAGUCACAAAGAGGUAAGGUUAACGAAGAAAAAAAAAAUUACAAGUCUGUUGCGGAUUGCUCCCACUGUUCCUUCUGGGCUUGUUCCUGCUGCAAUUAAUAGCUUUACGCCAGAAUUGGUUGAAAUAAGGCCGUGUAUCAAUGCGCCCAAAAAGUUGUCACACUUUAUGUCAAAUAAUGACAAAUUAUCUCCAAAACAUUUAUCAGGUAUUAAUCAACAUAUGUUGAAACUGAUAGUUGAACAAAAGGAGGAGAUCAAGGAGCUAUGCACGGAAAUAAAAACAUGCAAUGCAAUGCUGAAUGUAGUAUUGUCAAAAUUAGGAUUAUGCUCAAACAACACUAAGAUUCCAGAUGGUUUCAAAAUAUUAGGGAGUUGGGAAGAUACUACAAAUUUAGAUGACAAACUUGAAUGUAGUGAUUUUAAGAAUGCUAUGAUUGGUUUCCUUGAAAUAACUGGUGGAAUUGAUGUGAAUGAUACAGUUAGAAACGUGUUAAAAGGUUUAUUUACGCACGAACUAGCACUUAAAAUCAACUGGAUGGGGAAAAAUGGAAAAUACAGUUUUUGCUCAUUGGCCUUAAGCAAUGUUGUAAUGCAAGCAGUUCGCUGCAAUUUUAGGGUAGCUAAUGUAACAAAUCACGAAAUAAAAAAUGCUAUUAUGAACUGGUUUCGCUAUGCCAAAAAUAGAAACGGUGGCAGGACGCAACGUUUGAAAAGACCGCAUGCUGAUCCAGAUAGUGAAGAUGAAAACAAUGACUUUAGAUAAUCUACUUCUCAUUUGUUUAAAAUAAUAAUAAAGAAUAAUAAUGUUAA